AUGACUGGACUAGCAGGGUUGUCAGUGGGCAUCCUUGUUCUGGUUUGGUCCAUCGGGUUGUCUAAAGGAAGGAGCGACCCAUUUCUUGGCAUUGAGAUCAUUUGGCUCGGCUCUAUCUCAUUCGCUAUCUUGGAAAUGCUAGUCGGAACAAUUUAUCUGCAGCGGGAUGGAUGGAUAUUCCUCAGCGACAAAGUUUGGGGACGCGCGCCUCAGCAGCGCCUUGGUGAGCAAGACCCGAAGCUGGCAAAGCUUAUCACAUGGGGGAAACGUCAGCUCAUACCGAGCUGGAGCUUCUCUGAUGAAAAGCCGAGCAACGGGACCCUGGUGGAUCUGAAUAGCCGCGUCAUGGUCAAGGUCUUGGUGACUGACAUACCGAACGCAAUGAUCAUACUUGCAAUCCAUGGUAGCGGGGUGACUUCCAUGUUGGUAGACCGCAAGGAGGAGCUGCAUGAGUUCGUGAGGAAGGUUGGGAUGUGUAACGUCCCGCCGUAUGUCCUAGCGCAGACGGUCCGUUCGGGGACGAUAUGCGUUGGAAUCCCUUCUGAUAAGAAGAAAUGA